UCUCUCUCUAAUGAUAGCCGAAGAUUAAACCUCUUUAAGUACACGACUCUUCAAAACCCACCAUCGGAUUCUCCGCUCUGCUCUUCUUCAUCUCUCAAAGCAGCCUCCACAGACCUUAAUCCGUCGUCCUUCUCUUCUCUUUUUCAGAGGCCUGCAAGAUUUUCUUAUUAACGAGUUAAUCUCGGGCCAAUUAGCAAGCUCUUAAAGAAAAAAAGGAAGUAAGGCUCAAAUUUCUUCAGAUAAAAUCUCCUGUCUGGAGCCUCGUUCAGUUUCAUUCCUCCCUUUCAAUAUUGUUUGUCUUGGUCAUUAGGGCAAAAUGACAAGUGUAAGAGUUUUCUCUCCUUCCAUGCUCACGGCUGCACCUCAGAACCGACUCACGAGUGCCAGGAUUAAGACUCAAGCCUCACUGGGAUCUGUAAGGAACAUUUCCAAGUUUUUUGGGUUGAAAUGUUCAUCCAACUUCAAAUCAACAAUGACUGCGUACAAGGUUAAGCUGAUCGGACCAAACGAUGAGGUGCAUGAGUUUGAAGCACCAAGUGAUACAUACAUCCUAGAUUCAGCUGAGAAUGCCGGAAUCGACCUGCCAUAUUCCUGCAGGGCUGGUGCUUGUUCUACCUGUGCAGGGCAGUUGGUCUCGGGUUCGGUGGAUCAAUCUGAUGGUUCCUUCCUUGAUGAGAGUCAAAUAGAAAAGGGUUAUGUGCUGACUUGUGUCUCAUAUCCUACUUCUGAUUGUGUGAUUCACACACACAAAGAAUCUGAUCUUUACUGAGUCAUUUUCUAGCUAGGAGCAUAUUUAGGAUGUUUUUACAGUUCAGUGUGAAGCACCCGUGAUAGUUUCGUAUCGUUUUAUGGGACAUUUUGCAAUAUAUCAUCGUGUUUGUGAUGGGAAUGCCAUCCAUCGUAUUUCAAGACUUUAUUUUUAAUUGCAGAUACAUGUUAUAAAUUGAGGAUGAUGGUGCAAAUAAACUUAAUUUAAAGUUUGUGUCAUGAGGGUUAAAGUGGUU